CUGAGUUGGGUUGCCUUCUCUCGCAGUGUUAGUUUGAAAGACUCUUGGAGAACGCGGUUCACGUAAGCACAUAGUCACACAAAACCAGUCUCCCAGCCCAGCUCACACAGAACCGAACUCAACCAUCGCGAUCCAGUCCACCUUUGUGAGCUGCCAGACGGUGUUGUUGAGUUCAUUCUCUCCCUCUGAAAAUACCAAUUUCGCGACAAUUUCUCCUAGUUACUUCUUGUUUUUUUUUAACAACUAGGAAACAAUACAAUUGCAAAAUCUUAGAUCUCUAUCCAGUGAAAUUUAAUGUAUUUGAGCAUCUGUUCUGACCAAUUUGCCCAGUAAAAAGUGACGAAAUUUUGAGGGAAAAUACCUCAAAAUAGUGCGUUUAGGUAACAAUGGAAAGGUGUAUGUGUUUGAUCGUUGAUUACUUUUGGUGACUCCUAAUUCCGGUUUGUAGAUUUUUGUGACUUGGUGUGGCGUUUUUUUUUUUUAUUCACUACUUUCAUUCUUCCCACCAUCCUCCCCAUUCAAUGGGAAAUAUAAUCAAACAAAUGAUUGCUGCUGAUAAAUACAAUAGUGUUCUAUAAGUGUGAGAAAUGGACAUACCCAUUGGCAAUUGACCAAUUAAACUUUGAGCUAUUCCUUCUAGUAAUAAAAAAAUAUAAAUUAAAUUUGCGAUAGCCUCCCGCGGAGUUACUGCCGAUCAUCCGCACACUUCUUCCCCAAAACGUUCUUCUCCAUUUAUCCGCAAAACUCACUUGCAUUGGAAGCAUUCUCUGCUGAGCAAAAAAUAAACUAAAAAUGUGUUGGAAAUUGCUGAUGACAACUCUGGUGCUGUUGAACAUUUCGAGUACCUGGGGUGGUGGUUGUGGUCCACUCUUUAAGGGCAAAUGUACUUGUGGAUAUGGAAAUUACGAUAAUAGUCGCCGCUAUAUAGUCAACUGUACAGAUACGGGAUUUAAGGACAGUACUGUCCUUGAAAAUCUCCCACCUGAAACUGAAGUAGUCAUCUUCACGGGAAAUCACAUUCCAGAAUUACCAUGGAAUGUUUUUGGCCAGAUGAAUGAUCUGGAAUCACUGACAAUUGUGGAUAUGUCCAAUAAUGGAAUUCAAGAAAUUCGAGGAAAAUCCUACCAUCAUGUAUCUAAUGUUCGUCGCUUGAUCCUUAAUCACAAUAAUCUCAGUAUAUCUCGUUAUGAUGAUGAUUUUAAUCAUCAUCAUCCCAGAGUCUUCUCAAACUUCAUCAACCUCAUGGAACUCCACCUCACCAAUGCCUUUGCAGACAACACAUCGGCUCAGCUGUCCGAGGAUCUCCAUGAUAUCUUCGUUAACAGCAAUCUCACUCACUUAAUUAAAUUGCAUCUCGAACAGAAUGAGAUCUCGUCAUUUCGGGACAAGCAUGUUUUCUGUGAUUUACCAGCUCUUAGAGAUCUCCAUUUGGGUGACAAUAACCUCAAGGAAUUAAACUUCAAUGUGAUGUGCUUGAAACAUCUGCGUUUCCUGGACCUCGAGCGGAAUAAAUUCGAGAUGGUUAAACCACGCGAUCUCGCUACUCUUGAUUCCCUCCAAGCACUUCCUGGUCGAGACAUAAACCUCGUAGUGGAUUUUAUGUACAAUCCCUUCCGCUGUGAUUGUUCCAUCAGCUAUUUUAAUGAGUGGCUACAGAAGACAAAAGUAGAUGCUAGAAAUCGCGAUUACUACACAUGUCGUCGCAACGGCAAGGACUUUGAUACAGAAACCAUCCUCAAUCUCAAAGUACAACGCUGCAAAAAUCAAUCACAGAACACUAGAACCACCGCUGGACACACAGUUACAUUGGUUUUCCUUCUUGUAGUACUGUGUUUUAUCCUAGUGGGAUUAGUAGCUGCUCUAAUCUACGUAAGUCGCGAUCGGAUUAAUCUUCGACGAACUCUAACACCUAUGCUCAGCAAUGUGUCCAAGAAAGUGCAAUACACUUCUAUCAAAGAUGAGGAUUGUCCUGAGGUUCAUGUCUAAAGACUACAUACAACCCAUCAUUCUCUCUCUCAUUUGACACAGAAAUUGAAAGAAAAAAAACUAUUAAAUUAGAAAGUUUGGGGCAUAAUUAACAAAUCAAUUUGAAAUGCAACCAAAAAAAAAACAACCGUAAAAUUAAUGAUAAUCAAAGUUACUCUUAGAGAUGAAUUUGGUGGUUCUACAAUAUUUACGGCGGAAUUGUGCCAUGUCAAGUUAAGAAUUUAUACUUAAAAUUAUUUAGUAGAAAUAUUUACUUAUAUUAUAAAGUUCAUAACUCUUGGCCAAGUAGAACGCAAUACAUUUUUUUUAUAAAUAAUAUUUUUACUGUAUUUGCUAAAACAAAAACUGUGAUUAUUACAAAUUAAUUCAAUACAUUAUUGUAUCACUUAAAAAUUAUAAGUAUGAAAGUUUAUUUUAAUAUUCUUCUUAAUAAACUAGGUAAAACAUUUAAAACA